AUGUUUAUGCAAGAAAAAUCAUUGCCUUGCACCACUGUGAAAAUCACUGAUGGAUUCCUUGCUUUUGCUUACGUAGACACAGAAAAAUCACAGCAGAACCAGACUGACGAUUCCACUCCUGAGGAUGGCUCCUUGAGAAAGAAGCAACGUAGGCAGAGAACUCAUUUUACCAGCCAACAACUCCAGGAGCUGGAAGCCACUUUUCAAAGGAAUCGGUAUCCAGACAUGAGUACCCGAGAGGAGAUUGCUGUCUGGACCAACUUGACAGAAGCCAGAGUUCGGGUGUGGUUUAAGAACCGCAGAGCCAAAUGGAGGAAGCGGGAAAGAAACCAACAGGCAGAACUUUGUAAGAAUAGUUUUGGAGCUCAGUUCAAUGGACUGAUGCAACCUUAUGAUGAGAUGUAUAGUAGUUAUUCCUAUAACAACUGGGCUACCAAAGGACUUACUGCCAGCACACUGUCAACAAAGAGCUUCCCAUUCUUCAACUCCAUGAAUGUCAAUGCCCUUUCUUCGCAGCCCAUGUUUUCAACAUCCAAUUCUAUAGGAUCUAUGUCUGUACCUUCCUCAAUGGUUCCUUCAACAGUGACUGGUGUGCCAGGCCCAAGCCUUAACAAUCUUAACACCCCUGGUCUUAACUCUGCAGUUUCAUCCAGUACCUGUCCUUAUGCAUCCACAGCCAACCCUUACAUGUAUAGGGAUACUUGUAACUCUAGCCUGGCUAGCUUACGAUUGAAGGCAAAACAGCAUGCCAACUUCACCUAUCCAGCAGUGCAGACAGCAGCCUCCAGCCUGAGCCCAUGUCAGUAUGCUGUGGAUAGGCCAGUAUGAGAACUGAGAGACUUUCCACUGCUCAUUGUGAACUAUUAGCUGAACAAAGAUUCCCUGGCAGAUGAAUUCCAGAAAGAUGCAUUUAUAAUACUGUUACAAAUCUUUUACUAUCAUUUUUGUAAAGCAUAUAUUUUUCCUCACUGAAUGUCCAUUUGGGACAGAGGAACUUUUUGCAAAGCUUUGAAUUAUUAUAUCUGGUGACAACAAAGACACCCCGGAAAAUGGGACAACUGUUGACACUGCUCAUAAUUUAUGACCACAAUUUGUGCUUUAUAUGGCUUGCCCUUGCUCACAUAAGGAGGUCUAGAUUCUGUACUGGAAGCAGC